CGUUGUACGACGCGUAGCAUAACGGAAGUAAUUUGAAUUUACACCCAAGUUGACACAACGAUAUGCAGCUCACCUACAACAAUAUUUAAAGAAUGGGUGUGAAAGGUCUUCAAAGCUUCGUGGACCGCUGCUGUCCCGAGGCCUGCGUGACUGUGAACCUGAGAGAAAUGUCCAGGCAACACGCUGCCAAAAGACAGACAGGCUGCACUACCAUGGCUAACAGUACCAGACCCACACUUGUUGUGGAUGGUAUGGCCUGCCUGCGCCACUGGUACUCAUGUAAAGACUGGGUGUGUGGUGGCCAGUGGAGGGAGUAUAUGGAUGAGCUGAAGGCCUGGGUGGGAGCCUUCACCUCAGCUGGCAUCAGACUGGUCUUCUUCUUUGACGGAGUGGUUGAAGAGCAGAAGAGACGUGAGUGGGUGAAGAGGAGACGCAGAGUGAACGGGGAGAUUUCCAAACUGUUUCGUCACAUCAAAGCUUAUGGAGAGCAGCCUGGUAGAGAGCUCUUUUGUUUGCCUUCUGGUCUGGCAACAUUCACACCCUUUGCUCUCAGGUCAUUGGGUCAGGAGGUGUUUUGCUCAGUGCGGGAGGCUGACUAUGAGAUUGCCAGCUAUGCUCGUCAGCAUGGUAGUAUGGGCAUUCUGGGACAGGACUCAGACUUCAUCAUAUAUGACAGUGCCCCCUGCUUGUCUGUGGCAAAGCUGCGGAUACACAGCCUCACCACGGUCAUGUACGACCGACACAGGCUCUGUCAAACCAUCGGACUGACUGUUGCCCAGCUACCACUGCUGGCCUGUCUCCUAGGUAACGACGUGGUGUCAGAGGACAAGAUGCUGCAAGUCAGGAAUAACGCCAAGGCAACAUACAGGAUAGACAACCCCACUGCACACUCUGGUGCUCCCCAGGGGCAGAUGGUGAUGGCUGUGUCCCACCUUGUGAGCUCUGUGUUGGGCAGAGAGGAGCAAGAGACUGGGUCUGUCCCUCAGUCUCUGAAUCUGUCAGCUCCUCACAGAGAGCUACUUAAGAGAGGGGUUCGCUCUUACUUACUGCCUGGACAGGAAGCUUUUCAGCUCUGUGACAUCCCUGCACCUCCCUCUGCCUUUGAGCAACUUGUUAGUCCAGAAAUAUUAAAGGCCUGUAGAGAGAAGCAUGUAGCAGCAGAGGGUUUCAUGCUUUACAGUGUUGUGUGUGAGGGAGUCAUUGAAUGUAGCAACACCCUGGAGGAUGAGGAGGACACUGAGCUGCUGCCUCAGGCCCUCGUCUACAAGCCCUGCAGACAACGCAUCUAUGGGCUGCUGCUGCUCAACGGGCAUGAAGGCAGCAGUGCAGACCUCCCAGCCAUCAGGGAAUGGUUCGUCUACGCUGGAAACACUCUGAAGGAGCCUGAUCUGGUCCAUCCUGUUCCAAUCAGCCUCCCAAGUGAUCAGCCCAGUCUGGAUUUGUUAUGGUUCGGUAAUGGUCCUGAGGUUUCGGCUCUUCGCCUGAAGUCGUUCCUUUCGAUGUUUGACUGCCAGGAGCUUUCGGAGUUGUAUGGAGCUGUGGAAGACUCUCUCCUGGCUGCUCUCUGCCUCGUCACCUACAUAGCCCUCCAGAUACAAACGUUGUCUCAAGAGGACUGUGAUGCUUACCUGAGUCAGGCUGUGUGCCUGAGACUUAAAUCCCCUAAGGAGCUUCAACACAUCAAGUUGCAGUUCCUGUCCAGCCGUGCGGUGCAGCUGGGAUCUCUCUACGUCCGCGGGCUGGGCCACCUGUUGGGUGCUAACUGUGCAAGCGGCUGCCCGCUGCCCAGCGCCGCCCUCAUGCCUUGGCAGAGCUUCGAUGGACGGCUGUUCCACUCAAAGUACCUGCUGGCACACAGUGGCUCAGGCAGCACUGUGCUGCUGGACCGCGAUCCGUCCUGUUUGUCUCAGUUCCUCUGCCUGAGAGAGAAACUUACAGAAACCUGCAGGAAGCGAGGCAGGGUCCUGCAGUCCAGACCCAAAGCACCACAACAAGGUCUUGGACCCACAAAUAGAGACAGACACACAGGUCAGCCUCCAGGUGGUAGUGAGAGCUGGAGAGGGGAUACGACAGGAGGAGGAAGGAGGGAGAGAGGAGGAGGUGGAGGAACGAGAGGGGAGCAUUUUCAUCCACAUCCCAGAGGUCGAUCGCAUCGCAGCGGAGGGAGAUACCAGCUGGCUCCAAGAUGGUCGCAGCCUCCUGCACCAGGACCAUAACCCCAUCAGAGAGAGAAGAGGAUUAAAGGGGGAGGAUUUGAGGAGUUAAGAGGAUGGGGAAGACGCAAUGAAAGGAGCAAAGUAAUCAAAUUUCUCUGAACAAACUGAUUAGUGAAUUAACCCGACAGGAAUGUUUGUCUAAAGGAUGCUGUAGGUAGAUAUACGGGGAUUAGGAGGAGGCAGCAUGAAGAGAUUAAGAAUAAAUCAUUCAAUUUGCCUGUUUAA